CAAGAAUAUCGUAUUUUCAACUUUCUUAAUCCUACAAUAUACUCUUAAUGUUUGGCAUUUUAUCAAUAUUGAUAUAAGAAAGUCUCUUCAUACAAUACUGGUUUUUAUUUAUCCAGCUAUAUAUUUGCUUAUCCUGAGAGAGAUUGUCGAUGUUUGUAUCAAUUUACAAGCAGCAUUUAAAAUGGUCAAUUCAAAGGUUAAUUCAUUGGUAAAGAACCCACCAACCAAUCUGGAGUCACUGAUAUGUUUCCGUCGUUAUUACAGUUAUGCUGUUAAGGUAACUGAAUCAGUUGAAAAUUAUUUUCGCUAUUUUGUUACAUUUUUCUAUGUUCAAUAUGCUUGUUAUAACAUAAUGAAUAUCGUCGAUGCGUUUGGCGGUCGAUCAUCAAUGAAUAUUCAUUGGAUGUUUCACACCAUCAAUGAUACUCUAUUUAUGAUCUAUUUAACUAUUAAUUUGGUCUCAGUCAAUUUAUUAUCUCGAAAAUGUUUGGAUAAUCUGUAUGAGCUUUCAUUCAAAAUGAAAAGGUUGGACAUGAAAUAUGAGAAUGAGAUUUUCAUUGGACGAGUUUUAUUCACUGACGUUGGCUUCACUUUCGCGAACUUUUUCACCAUAAAUACAUAGUUUAUCACCUCAAUGUUGACCUUAUCGCUGACCAUAAUUCUGGCUUUAGCAAACUUUCUCCAUCAUUAAAUUUGACUCUAUUACAACGACCCAGAGUAUCUAGGUUUUAUUUUUGGUCAUUUGU